AUGAAGAAACUAACGCAGCAGAAACAGCAGCUUCAGUACAAUUUAUAUCACGUUCCUUGUAUUAAGGAGAUUAUGUUCAAUAUCCUUGUUUAUAGUCAACGAGAUGUUGAUCUUAGUCGCAACUUACUGUCUGUCCGUACGUUGACGACGAUUUGUAAGGCCCCGGUUCCAGAACCGCUGGCUGCUAAGAAAUUCGUGGGUACUUCCAAGCCCCUUGUGUCAAUGGAGACCAUGCUGGCGAGUGACCGAACGGCGGGGGCUGAAGACACACUGGUCGAUAUCAAUUAUAUGGACUCGCUCUGCAAGGACCACUUCUUGCAAAGACAGUACCGUAAGCUGGACGGCGGCGUGUUGUGGUCCCGCAACGAGAGGAACCUGGAUUGUACCGUCACCUUCCAGACGCACAGUAUCCUGCAACGGUUUAUGCUGCACUUCGACCUCCUGCAGCUCGACUGCAACGAUCAUCUAUACGUCUACGAUGGCGCUCACGCCACCGCACCCCCCAAGGCGGACCUGUCCUGCCGCAACACGAAGCAGCAGGUGGGCGCGCUGUUCACACGCAGCAACUUCGUCACGCUCAAGUACGUGACCGACAACUGGGGUACUGAGGCCAACGGCUUCAAACUCGUCAUCACUGCCGUCAAGGACCCCAAACACGGAUGUAAGGAGUUCAGAUGUAAGCAGCGUGAGUUCUGUGUGAGCGCGGACCUCACCUGUGAUGGAGUGGAUCACUGUGCUGACGGCUCCGAUGAAGACACUGCUGCUCUCUGUCCUGAGAGUGGUGGUGGUGCGGGCGGUGGUCCGUGGGUGGUAGCGGGCGCUGGUGGCGCGCUGCUGGUGACGGUCAGCCUCGCUGCUGCCGUCUGCUGCUACUGCCGACGACGAGCGCCCGCCAGGAGGACGCACUUACAUUGUAACAUAUGCUAA